AAGCCUCAGCAGCACAUGCUGUUUGCAAACCUGCCUGCUUGCCUGCCUGCCAUCUGCCCAGGAGUUAGAGACCUUGCUACCACGGAGCCGGCAUGUCGUCAGCUGCUGUCCUAGAGUCCCGGAGCUUAGGCAGGAAGCUCUCUGACUUUGGACAGGAAACAAGUUAUAUUGAAGAAAACUCCAGUCAAAAUAGUGCCAUAUCCCUCAUCUUCUCUCUCAAAGAAGAAGUUGGUGCCUUGGCCAAGGUCUUGCGCUUAUUUGAGGAGAAUGACAUCAACCUGACCCACAUUGAAUCUAGGCCAUCGCGUCUAAAGAAAGAUGAGUAUGAAUUCUUCACCCAUCUGGAUAAGCGUAGCAUGCCUGCCCUGACAGACAUCAUCAAGAUCUUGAGGCAUGAAAUAGGCGCUACAGUCCAUGAGCUUUCCCGAGAUAAGAAGAAAGACACAGUGCCCUGGUUCCCAAGAACCAUGCAGGAUCUUGACAGGUAUGCCAACCAGAUCCUCAGUUACGGAGCUGAACUAGAUGCAGACCACCCGGGUUUUACGGAUCCUGUGUACCGGGCAAGGAGAAAAGAGUUUGCAGACAUUGCUUAUAGCUACAGACACGGGCAGCCCAUCCCUCAAGUGGAAUACACAGAGGAAGAGAAGAAAACGUGGGGCACAGUCUUCCGGACACUCAAGUCCUUGCACAAUACACAUGCAUGCUAUGAGUACAAUCACAUUUUCCCACUUCUGGAAAAGUACUGUGGCUUCUGUGAGGACAACAUCCCCCAGCUAGAAGAGGUCUCUCAGUUUCUGCAGACCUGCACUGGUUUCCGCCUGAGGCCUGUGGCUGGCUUGUUGUCCUCUCGGGAUUUCUUGGGUGGCUUGGCCUUUCGAGUCUUCCACUGCACCCAGUAUAUCAGACAUGGCUCCAAGCCCAUGCACACACCAGAACCUGACAUCUGUCAUGAGCUGUUGGGACACGUGCCCUUGUUUUCAGAUCGCAGCUUUGCCCAAUUUUCCCAGGAAAUUGGCCUCGCCUCUCUGGGUGCACCUGACGAGUAUGUGGAAAAACUCGCCACGAUUUACUGGUUUACUGUGGAAUUUGGGCUCUGCAAACAAGGAGAUUCCAUAAGGGCAUAUGGUGCUGGGCUCUUGUCAUCCUUUGGUGAAUUACAGUACUCUCUGUCCAGCACACCAAAAUACCUCCCCCUGGACAUGGAGAAGACAGCCAUCCAGGAAUACAAUGUCACGGAGUACCAGCCCCUGUACUAUGUGGCUGAGAGUUUUAAUGAUGCCAAGGAGAAAGUGAGGAAGUUUGCGUCUACAAUUCCUCGGCCCUUCUCAGUCCGUUAUGACCCAUACACCCAAAGGAUUGAGGUUUUGGACAACACCCAACAGCUUAUGAUUCUGGCUGACUCUAUCAACAGUGAAGUUGGAAUCCUUAGCAGUGCCCUCCAGAAAAUAAAGUGAAGCCACGGCCAGAAACUUGUCUGUCCAUUGAGAAUCUGCUGAUGGAAAUCAAGCCACUUCUUUUAUCUCAUCUUAAAAUUUUGAAAUGACAGCCUUCAAUCCUUUCUGGAGCAAGGUGAAAGAUGAACAAAUAAAUAUAUAUCCUGAAGUAUCAUGUUAAUACAUACCCAAAAAAAAAUGAUGGAGCUCUUGGAGUCAUAUUUUAUCUAGAGAUAAACUCAACUUUCAAUCAAGUUAAAUUCAAAACUGGUCACAAAUUAUGUUAGUCAAAUUUUGGAAUCUUCUUCAUUUAUGUAUGCUUUUUUAUUUUCCAUAGAGAAUUCCUAAGGGAUUAUAUAUCAUUCCAUAUGAAACACAGUCCUAUUGUUAUCACUGAAUUUUUUAGUUUAAUGUAAAUCUUAACCUACAAAAUCUAUUUUUUCUCUUAACUACAAUUCUAAUCACAGAUUUUCCCUUUGCCUAUAUAGAUUUCCUUUAAUUUGGAGACCCAUUAAAAUAGUCAUAAAUAUUAGAGCUCAAAGAAAAACAGUGAAAUAUUUCUUCAUGUUUAUUGUAACCAUAAUACCCCUACCCAUGGGAAGUAGUAGAACUCAACAUCUGAUGCCUCCAACAUUCAAUUUUAGUUUUCAAUUAAUUGUUAGAUAUGUUUAGGGAGACAUUUUGAAGACAACAGAGGUUAAAAGUCCACCUGGUGGGUAUUUGGUAAAUACUCACUGAAAUGAUUGGAAAUUUAUUACUAAAGAGAAAAUAAUUAACAACAGUGAGAUUAAAAUUAUUCUAAAGAGCUUUAGUAGUCACAAAAUUGUGCAGUUUCAAAUUUUCAAAUUUUGACAUCAUGACAUUCCUGACUCCAGGUUAACUUUAAAAAAAUUAUCUUUAUUUAUUGGAUAGAGGUAGUGAGAAAUUAAGAGGGGGGAGAUAAAGAGGGAGAGAGACACCUGCAGCACUGUUUCACCACUCACAAAGUUUUCCUCAGCAGGUGGGGACCAGGGGCUUGAACCUAAGUCCUUGUGUGCCACCACUUGCCCCCUCCCCAGGUUAACUUUCUCAGAUAGAAAGUGAAAAAGAAAUUAGGAAGAUAUAGAGGUAGAGGGUGAAUUUAAAGGUAGAGAGCAAUAACUAGAAAAUACAAUACUGAAAUUUUCCCUAAUGUGGUUUGAAGGGGUCUCCAAUAUGGGCAACAAUCAUGGUGAAUUAGGCACCCUCACAGGUGAGCUAUCUUGUCAACACUAAAUUCUGGGACCUGUGCCAGCUCUAAGCAAAUAGCUUAUCUGUAAGUGAGGCAUAAAGACCUUCAUUCUUAAGUACUUUGGCUUAUUAUUAUUUUUUAAUGCCCAAACAAAUUUACUGAGUCCAUUAAGUUUGAGAAAACCUAACUUCUGGUGGUCAGUACAACCACAUCUAAUUCUACCACCCAUGGCAUCUCACUUCUUCACACUCUGAUUUUUUUGCCAACAAUGAUAUAAAUAAAGUUAUCCUUUGAGCUUGAAA